ACCAUCAUCAUCAUCAUGAGCAGCAGCAGCAUAAUCGUCGUCGUCAUUUGUGGCAGCAGCCGUGCGCGUGCAGACGAAGAAGCAGAAGAAGCGUUCCACCCGGUGUCGACGGCAGCAGCAGAGCAGGUAGCGGUCGUCAUGUCGGUCACAAAGCAAGACGAGCUCGACGACGCCAAGGUGGCCGAGCUGCGUGACCUGUUUUCCAAGUUCGACGCGGAUCGCUCAGGCACGGUGGCGUUCGAGCACGUCGACGAGAUCCUCCGAACCGCCGCCCGCGUCAUCGUCGAGCCGGAGUUCAAGAAGCGCGUCAAGAGCACCGCACCCGACGACCUCCAGCAGAAGGUGCAGUUCCCAGAGUUUCUGGACAUGGUGCAGAAGUGCACCCGCGCGUUCAACCCUCAGACGGACCUGCAAGACGCGUUCCGCGUAUUCGACCGCGAUGGCCACGGCUUCAUCACGACGGCCGAGCUGCGUCACGUGGUCACCACGCUGGGCGAGCGCAUGACCGACGAGGAGGCCGACGAGCUCAUCCGGGAGGCGGACCCCAACAACGAAGGGCAAGUCGACUACGAGAACUUCAUCAAGAUCAUCUCCACGCCAGUGUACGCUGCUUUCGAGCUACUAUUCUCUCACAUGUUGCGUGUCUCCACGCGCAGCCCACCGGACCAGUAUGGCGUGCCGCCCAAGAAGAGGCCUCCGCAGAGCACCGAACUGCUGCAGCCGGGUCCCGACAGCGUGGUGCCGAGUGCAUCGGACGUGCCGGCGCAGAGGGCGUCGGUGAGCGCGCUGACCGAGGCGCAGACCGCGCUCAGCGAAGUGGCCGCGGCGGCCGGCGAAGGCCGCGCCAAGUCCGGCGAGACGUCGGCGCCGUCGUCCGAGCCCCGCAGCGACAAGCCCGGCCAGGGUCCGAACAUCGGCAAAGCGUCCGUCUCGGGCUCUGGCAAAGGGUCCACCUCGACUCGGGGAAAGGGGUCCGCGGAAGGAUCCAAGAAGUCGUCCCGGAAAGGGUCCGGCACCGGCGACACUCCUGUCGCCGUUUCUAGCGCCAGUGGUCCUCCCGUCGAGGCAGUCGUGCCCGGCACACCCGCCGAGAAGAAGGACGGCGAGGUGGCCAACAAGUGACAGGGACGCCUGUCCCGAUGUCCGCCCUAAGGUCAUCGAGGCAGCGCAAUGGACACUGCGGCACCGUCAGGAGGUCGUGUACCGCGGUGAGACCAUGGCUGAUUCCGCGGCGUCAGCUGCAGUGCAGUCGACACUGCCCUGCGGUACCCGGGAACCAUUUCCCAAGUGCCGGGUCUGUCAGAAAUAAAUGUAGCCACCCAGAA